UAAGCUGUUCAGCAUAAGUUACCCUUGUGAUUUACACCGGUAAGAAGAGAAACAUCUUGGUCUGACUGAAAAACCAGAGUUAAACCUGAAGGUACCUCGAUAACCACAAAUUCUGUAGUACAAGCCUCAGCUCCGAGCUCUUCAUCAGUCCACUCUUUCACUCUGAUCGUCGUUAGUUUGAUUUAAAGACAGAAGGAGUAAUGGCAGAAGCAGCUGCCCCGACUGCUGCCCCGGCUAAAGCAGCCAAGAAGAAGGCUCCGAGACGAAAGAAGGUCGGUCCCACUGUCAGUGAACUCAUCGUUACGGCCGUGUCCGCGUCCAAUGAGCGGAGCGGCGUGUCAGCGGCUGCCCUCAAGAAGGCUCUUGCUGCAGGAGGCUAUGAUGUGGAGAAGAACAAGGCCCGCGUUAAGACCGCCAUCAAGAGCCUGGUGGCCAAGAGGACCCUGGUCCAGUCCAAGGGAACUGGGGUCUCAGGCUCCUUUAAAAUGAACAAGAACAAGAAGGCUGAGCCUAAAGCCAAGAAGCCGUUCAAGAAGGCCGUUACCAAAGCCAAGAAACGGGCCUCCAAGAAACGCGCAGCGGCCAAGAAGCCCAAGUCAGCAGCAGCAAAGAAGCGAGCAGGCACUAAAAAGUCCCGAAAGAAGGUGAAGAAACAUGCAGUAGCAAAAAAAUCAGCCAAGAGACCCAAGAAAGCCAACAAGAGCCCUAAGAGGGCGAGGAGCCCUGCAGCCAAGAAGGCCCCACAAAGAAGGCCGUCAAACCCAGAGUGAAAAGGCAGCAGCCAAGAAGAAGUGAGCUGUCCUCACUGUGAAACAUGUUCCUCCUGCUCAAAGUCUCAUUUAAGUCCCACACGUCUGUCCACAAAGAGCUGCUUCCUCUGCCUCUAACUGAUGUCAAUACUUGUGAGCUGACAUCCCAACAGAUUGUUAUAAAUACAAUUAUUAAUUAAUUAAUGACUUAAGGGAGAAAAGUUACAACAGGAAUGUUUCUUACUUAUUUGUUACAAUAUAACGUGUAGGAAGUAAUUUAAUGCAAUAAAAUAAUAACAUGCACCAUUAUAAAUAUCUAAGUUAACACAGCGAAGAUGCAGACUACGUCUGUUCAUGUGUUACUUUUUGGUUUAUAGUGACAGUUACAUACUACUACUACAUACAAACUAGAAGAAUUUCCUCCAUCAAGAACAAACAAGAAAACAGAUAGUGCUGUGAUAACCCAAUAACAAAAGAUAAUCACCCAACACCCAAAUUGUAAACAUGAUAUCAGCUCACUGAACAUGUCAGAUUUUUGUCAUAUGUGCAUUAUUCCCGGAAAAAAAAACUGGAUCCAUCACUUGGAUUCGCAUCAAAACAUAAUGGCUUCCUGCCAGACCCAGGCCCCAUCCAGCACCAAGCUUGGUGGAAUCAUUUUUUUGUAUUUUCUUUGCGUAAUUGUGCUUACAAAUUUAAAAAAAAGAAAGGUGAAAACAAAGUCCUUGGUGGAGUUUAGUUUACACACACACUGACACACACACAAUUACAACAACUUCAAAUUUGCUACAAAACUUCAGCAGCUACCAGUUAGUAAUCAGUAGUCGGUGUGGUUAUUGUUCUGAAUAACAAUAUAAUCAGAAGUUUUGUUGCUUUCUUUGCACAUUUCCUUCUUCAUUUCCUCAGAACUCUCAUGAGUUGUUUCCUCUUUGUCUCAUCUCACUCUUAUUCUAAUGUGACAUCAUGAUGCAGCCACAGAAAGUCAUGACUUAAAGCUACACUAUCAUAGUGAGUUAAAGUUUAUUUCCUUCAUGGUUUGUGUUGAGAAGUUUUAUUCACUCUUAAAAUAAAUACAGUCUUGUACCUUAA